AUGAUGUACCCAAUGGCAUGGGCCAACGACAUCUUCCCGGUGAUGGUCGACGACAUGGGGUUCGUCCUUAAUGGGUAUGCAGGAAUAACCAUGGUACCACCGGCGCCACCUCCUCAAGGUGGGGUGGGUAUCGUGAGCCUCGGGUCAUCGAACGGGAGGAGCGCCAUGACGCAGGUUGACAUGAUGACCUGCAUGUGCGACAGAGCAAUAAUGGAUAACGACGAUGUCCGAAAACGUGGCACCCAGGAGGAUCCGUCCUGCAAGAGGAGCAUCGAUUGUCGCCAUUGUCGCAUGAUCAAGAACCGUGAGUUAGCCGCAUGA